CACUGGGAAAGCGGAAGAGAAAUUUAUAAUCAUGGAUAUGGAGAACUAGGGGAAACAGUCACACUUGCUUUGGUCUGCAGACCCAGGCAAUCGAAAACUCAGAAAUGGAAACGUGUGCACCUUUCCGGCAGCAAAAUUGACUCUGCGUUCUUUGCAGCCUCGACUUGAAGGCUGCACUGGGAGAAACUCUGUGCCUCCGGGAAAGUUUGGAAACGGAACUACGAGAGAGGCCAGACAUCGGGGAUUUUGCGGGCCCUGCGAUGUCUUCCAGAGCUUUUCAAGUGGGGAGAGAAGAGCGACGAAAUGAAAAUGCAACGUGUAGGAGAGGCCGCCCGAGUCCCGCAAGUUGCCGGUCGCAGAGGUACACAGUUGCUCCUAGCAUGACCGUGAUCUGAUCAGCAACCACGAGAAUCUGACUCCCGUGUGGGGUGCCUUAGCGCUGGGGCCUGGUCACCGCCCACAACUCCAGAGCUGCCAUGGCUGCUGCCUCUACGUCCACCCCUGUCAUUUCACAGCCCCAGUUCACAGCCAUGAAUGAACCACAGUGCUUCUACAAUGAGUCCAUCGCCUUCUUUUAUAACCGGAGUGGAAAGUACCUUGCCACAGAAUGGAACACAGUUAGCAAGCUGGUGAUGGGACUUGGAAUCACCGUCUGUAUCUUCAUCAUGUUGGCCAACCUGCUGGUCAUGGUGGCGAUCUAUGUCAACCGCCGCUUCCAUUUUCCUAUUUAUUACUUAAUGGCGAAUCUGGCUGCUGCGGACUUCUUUGCUGGGUUGGCCUACUUCUACCUAAUGUUCAACACAGGACCCAAUACUCGGAGACUGACUGUUAGCACGUGGCUCCUGCGUCAGGGCCUCAUUGACACCAGCCUGACAGCCUCUGUGGCCAACCUACUGGCCAUUGCAAUCGAGAGGCAUAUUACGGUUUUCCGCAUGCAGCUCCACACGCGGAUGAGCAACCGGCGGGUGGUGGUGGUGAUUGUGGUCAUCUGGACCAUGGCCAUUGUUAUGGGGGCCAUACCCAGUGUGGGCUGGAACUGCAUCUGUGAUAUUGAAAACUGUUCCAACAUGGCACCCCUCUACAGUGACUCUUACUUGGUCUUCUGGGCCAUUUUCAACUUGGUGACCUUUGUCGUCAUGGUGGUUCUCUACGCUCAUAUCUUUGGCUACGUUCGCCAGAGGACUAUGAGGAUGUCUCGGCAUAGUUCUGGGCCACGGCGCAAUCGGGAUACCAUGAUGAGUCUUCUGAAGACUGUGGUCAUCGUGCUCGGUGCCUUUAUCAUCUGCUGGACUCCUGGACUGGUCUUGUUACUUCUUGACGUGUGCUGCCCACAGUGUGACGUUCUGGCCUAUGAGAAGUUUUUCCUUCUGCUUGCCGAGUUCAACUCUGCCAUGAACCCCAUCAUCUACUCCUACCGCGACAAGGAGAUGAGCGCCACCUUCAGGCAGAUCCUCUGCUGCCAGCGCAGCGAGAACACCAGCGGCCCCACGGAAGGCUCCGACCGCUCAGCGUCCUCCGUCAACCACACCAUUCUGGCUGGAGUUCACAGCAACGACCACUCCGUGGUUUAGAAAGGAAACUAACUAAGAUGAGACGCGGCCAUCAUCUACUGAGGGAUGAUCAUCCUCCCCCUUCCCAAAGGCACGGGCAGGGUGAGGUGUGAGAGAGAGGAAAAACACACUCGUGUGCUUAAACACUAACCCAUGGCAGUAUUUGUUCCUAGACCCACCAAGACUUGAUGUAUAUUGAAAAAUUAGCUUAUGGGACAUCCCUCAUCCUACUCCCCGUUCCUUUUGAAAGUAGAAAGUGGAGACCUUGCAAUAGAAUUCAUAAACAGACUCUGGAGUGUCCAUUUACACUACACUAACUAGUCUUCAAAAGAUUUUGUGUGGUUUGGUGCAAGUCAGAAUCCAUUCUGACUAAUUGAAUCCACAACUUCAUUUACAUGCAGGCUUCCCUGUUUUUCUUUUUAAAGGAUACAUUUCAUUUAAUAAACAUGUUUAUGCCUAUCAGCAUGCUUGUGAUGGAUAAGACUAUAGACUGUUUUUAAACGAUCAUAACUCCAUUUUUUUCCUUAUGUAGGAAAACUGUAAAUUAGAAUUACUUUUCUAGAAAGCAUGCAUGUAAUGUAUGUAUGCAGUAUGCUGUACUUCAAAAGAUAAAAGGGUAUUAAUUUUAAAUCUUCUAGGAAAUAGAAAAACCUAGAUGUCAAAGCCAGUAUUUGUUUAGGUUAUGAAACAAACAAUGAUCUAAUCACAAUAUUACCUUUUUUAUUAAAGUGUUGUAACAUGUAUAAAACAAACAGGGAAUGUAAGUUUAUUAUCAAAAGAAUAUGUUGUACUCUAUAAAAGUUAUAGAGAUGAGCACAGUGGUAUUGUUCCCACAUAUUUAUAAUAUCCAAGUACAUUCUAAUUAUUAGUUCAUCAGAGGAAUUUUUUAAUGACCUGUGUUUUUCUGUAUUAUAAUACAUAGUCAUUGUAGAAAACUUGAAAAAUACAGAAAUGUAUAAAACAUUCAGAAAAAAUACUGAUAAUAUCACAACCCAGAAGUAACCACCAUUAACAGCUUUUCCCCUGUGUAUGCCUAUAUGUAUAUUAUAUACCUUUUUAUAUAAUUGGGAUCAUACUGUAAACAGUUUUAUAACCAGUUUGUUUUUUCCACUGCAUAAUUGCCACAUUUUCCUAUGGCAUUAAAAAUUUUACAAAAACAUAAUUUUAAUGGCUAUAUAAUAUUCCAUUUAAUGGAUGCAACUCAGUUUAUUUAACCAUUCCUGUGUUGUUGACUACUUAGGUUAUGUCUAAUUUUCACUAUUAUAAAUAAUGUUGCAAAAAUUUUAUGUACAUAAAACUUUGUCCAUGUAAUUGAUUAUUUACUUAGGACACAUUCCCAUGAAGGAUUUUUUCUUUUAAUGUGAAAUGUCUUUUUAUGCUCUUAACCUUUUAUAAAAGGGGAUUUCCUGCUUUUGCCCUAUGUAGGUGGCAGUUGUGAGGAAAGCCAGUUAAAUUACCUUUUUACAAAGGAAAUGCAGUGGUUACUUUAGUUGAGAGUGACUUUUUUAUAUAACAAGAUGGACUAGAAACAGUCAACUGCCACAAAUAGCCAGGAUACCCUACUUAAUAUGUCUAGCAAUUCCAUUUCAUUUGAGCAAUGGAUGAUCCAACUCUCGGUAGCCACAACUCUAGUGUAGAAUUGAAGACAAUGCAAAGAAAUCAAACAUGCCGAGUGAAUAAAGGAUCAUCUUCAUAUUAAAUAGCUUCUGUAGCAAAUGGGUUGAGCGUGUUGGUAUGUGACUGGAUACUGUGUAUUCUCUAAGGUCACCCCCACAGAUGCCGCCAUAUUAGGUGAUACCUGUUCAACUGUCCGGGUAAACUAAUUAUUGCACCAGUUUGUCGUAAUAAGUAACCAGUAAAGUCACAGUCACGAAGCAGGUGUGGGAAAGUCAGGAGUAUGUUUGAGAGAGAGAUGUCCAGAAGAAGAAUGGUUAUUUAGGAAGGAGGAGGUCAGUGCAUGGUCACCAUUUGAGCAGAGGGCAGACUCAACAAGUGCCCAAACUGGAAAGAAAUGGGGAACCGGUUAGCAGAAAGGUGUUUGCACAGACUUUACACAAAAUACAGAGCAUUUUAUAGUGGAAGGGAACCAAAUGAGCUUGGACUUUUACUCACGCGCAUUUAUUCUGAAGGAGAUGUGGACUAUUUGAAAUUUAAAAACAUACUAAUUGGACUUUAAUAAAUCAUUCUCAAUCAGUGUUUGCUAAUGUGUGGUUCUGGUCAGUGCUGUUUCUUUUGUUGGAGAGUCAUCCUUGCACUGCAUGGUGCCUGCAUUCUUUGACCUCUUUUCUGUUCCUGCCACAAGGGCUUCUGAACUCACAGGUGAAGCCACCAUAUGCUUCCCCAGCUCAGAACUGCUUUUUUUUUCAACCUGAGUCAUAAGUCUUUCCAGUGUACAAGAGGUGGUGGUUUGUGUUGCAUGAAAGGAGAGGUAACAUCUUAGGACAAUACUUCACUUGUCAGCAGUAUAACUAUUAGAGUGAGUUUCUUUUGGAAAAACUGAUUUCAUAAAAACUUUACAAUGACUUUAUAGAAAACUCUCACUAGGAGAUUAUAAAGUUACAGUGGUCUUUAUGUUUUUAGAUUUAAUGACUAACAGGAUAAAAGUGGUAGGUAUCUUCCAGUUAUAUGCUAAUUGUAUUUUCAAUAUAUUGCUAAGACGGAAAAAAUAACAAUGGUUAUUCAAAUGAAUGUCUCAGUGAGUAUUUGGCAUAGAAUACUGAACCUUUAAAUUUAGGUGGUUGUAAGAUUGUUAGAAAUGAAAUGUCUCAGGAGUCUUCUUCACAAAUUAACCAUGUUUUUUUUUUUUUUUAAUGAAACCGUAAUUUCCUAGACUCAAAACCUCAGCUAACGUUAUACAAUUAGUGAGUCUUAUCAGUUUUCCCAUCCUCUUUCCCAGUUAGCUAUUGCUUUAGGUUCCAUUGUUCAUCAUCUUUCUCAUUUAUUCCAUUAGUCUCUCAGCUUCUGAAAUGGAAUUUUGAUACUGUUUCCAGCCCUUCUUCUUAAACCCAGAGUGUGACUUGUGCUAGAUAAAAACCGUAGAAAUGCUCCUCGAUCAGGUCCCUUCAUUAUACCAAGGUAAGCAGAACAUUUUUACAUUAAGACCGUUUGAACCAAAUUGCUUAUUUUUUAACACCGAGUUUACCUGAUCCCAAACCCUAGGAAGGCUUGGGGUCAGUUUGUGUGUUGGGAUGGACUUGGAUUCAGGCACCAUCUGACAGAAGAAAUGUGUGUAACGAGGAGCCAGAAUGGCUCAUCAGUCUUCCAAAGCAGGGACCAUUCAGUCUGUAACGUUCAUCUGUACUUUGUAUAGUCUGCAUAUAAAAUUCUCGAAUUCUUACAUUGAUGAUGCUCAUAUUCACAGAUUACUUACUGCUCAUCUGUUUAGUGAUAUGGCAGAUAAAGACCCAUUUGCAAAUCUAAAGCAGAGGUUGGCAAACUAAGACCCACUGGCCAAAAAUCUACCUGUUUUAUAUGACCUAUGAGCUAAAGAUGGGUUUUACAUUUUAGUGAUUGGGGAAAAAAGAGUAUUUUGUGAAACAUGAAAAUUAUAUGAAAUUCAAAUUUCAGUGUCCAUAAAUUAAAGUUUUAUUGGAGCACAGUCACACUCACCAGGGCUAUGUAUUGUUUAUGGCUGUUUUUGUACUGCAACAGCAGUAUCGAAUACUUGCAGCUGAGACUGUCGCUCGAAGUCUAAAAUAUUUAUUCUCUGACCCUUUACAGAAAAAGUGUGCCAACCCCUGAUUUAGAGAAUUGCAUUUUCAGUCAUUGCUAUCCUCAUUUAACUGUAUGUUCAUUGGAAGAGUUAGCAGAAAUUGGGCACACCACGAUCUCUUGAGCUCUAGACUGCAGAGAAAAUUGUCAAUUGCAUUCUUUAUAAUAAACAGUUUUUAUUUUGAAACAAUCUCAAACUCACAGAAGAGUUUGCUGAAUCUAUGGAACAUUUUCCCUGAGCCAUUUGUUAAGUUGCCAGCGUGAUGCCCCAUCAUCCUUGAAUACUGUGUAAUUCCUACAGACAAGGACAUUCUCUUUCAUAACUUCAAUACAACCAUCAAAAUCAGGAAAUUAACACUGAGACAUAAACUACCACUUAAUUCACAGACUGCAUUCAAGUUUAACUAGUUUUUCCAAUAAUGUUCCUUGUAACAAAGGAAUCCAAUUGAGGGUCACUGGUUGUGUUUAGUUGUCAUACCUCUUGAAUCAUCUUCAAUCUUGAACAGUCCCUCAGUCUUUUCUUGACCUACAUGACCUUGUCAUUGAAAGAUCACAGGCUAUGCAUUUUAUAGAAUGUCCCUCACUCUGGGUUCAUCUGAUAUUUCUUCAUAAUUAGAUUCGUAUUAUUUAUCUUUGACAAAAUAACAUAGAAAUGCUGCUGUGGUGCUUCUCACUGCAUCCUGUCAAGGAGCACAUGAUGUUGAUUUGUUCCAUUACUGGUGAUGUUAACUUUCAUUACUUUUGAAGCCUGCCAGGUUUCUCCACUGUGAAAAAAACUAUUUUUUCCCUUUUUGUAGGAAAUAUUCUGUUCUCAUCAAAUUUUAACAUCUAGUUUUAACAUCCAUUGAUAUUUCUUGGAUGAAUGAAUCAUUAAUCUGAUGAUUGCCAAAUGAUGAAUUUCUAAUUCUUUUCUUUUUAAAAUUUAUUAGUUAGCUGUCUACUGUGAAAAAAAGCUUUGUCCUCUCCUGCUUGUUUAUUCAUUUAUUUAUACCAGUAUGGGCUCAUGGAUUCUGAUUUUAUUCAAUUGGUUAUAAUGUUGCUAUUAUUUUAAAAUUAAACUUUUGAGAUAAUUUUAGAUUCAUAUGCAGUUGUAAGAAAUAAUAUGGCGAGAUCCUUAUACCCGUAACCCAGUUUCCCCCAGUGGUGAUAUCUUACAAAACCAGAGUAUGACAUCACAGUUGGGAUAUUGACAUGGAUACAGGCAAGGUACAGAAUAGUUCCACCACCACAGGAAUCCCUCCUGUUACACUUUUAUAGCCACACUCAUCUGCCUUACACCCAUCCUGACCCCUAGCAACCACUAAUCUGUUCUCAUUUUGUCAGUCACAUUUUAACUAUUUUUUUCAUAUUCCUAAAAACUUCUAUACAACAACAGUUUCAGGGUGGGGGGCUGAUACUUCCCAGAGUAUUGAAGUGGUUUUUGUUGUGUGUGUCUGUGUAUGCAAUUUCCAGAGAGAGAGAGAGAGAGUUUUGUGAUUAUAAAAGCUACACAAACUUAAUAUUUCAAGGAAUACAGAAAUGAAUAAAGUAAAAAGUAAGAAUCUCUCCUGUAGGAUGGAAGCUAGACCACAGAUAUUUGUUGAGCACAUUACCUGUCAAACAGACUUCCACAAAGUGAUUUUACGUCUUGUUUUGUGCAACUCUCCAUGUCUUCCCACUGGCAUCAGGGGAGCCAGGCUUCAGGUUUGUUACUUGUUUUGCAUCUUAUCUCUUAACUUGCAUCUUUCUUUCUGGAAAGGAAUCUUAUUUCACUUUGUAUUCUCCACCUCACAUCACACAGUGCUAAAUAGUAUUUAAUACUUGCUUGUUUAAAUGAAAGAAAAUGUGUGAGCCACAAGGAAAGGUAUUCUUGACCCAAGAAAUGCUCCUUAGUUCCACAAGCCUGAUAAAGGUUUCCCUUCAUGUUUAAGAAUAUUGCAGUUAAAAUUAAGUAAGAACAAUGAAAAACCAAGGGCAACGCCUUUGAAUAAUACAACGUUUGUGCUUUCUGAGUGUCUUGUUUAACUUAUUUUGAUUUUUAAUAUUACCAUAUGUUGAAUCUGUAAUGUUAUCUACAGCUUACAGAAGACAUUCGUAUAAUUUGUAUUUUGAUCUUUGCGAUAACCUUGUUACACAUGAGGAAACUGUGUCUUGGGGGAAAAUUGGAAGUCUAAUAUUUGUUGUCUAGAGGACUUUUUGAAUCUAAUUACGUAUUCUUUAUAUUGUCAUUCAUAAUUCCUCAUAUGUACUUAUCUAUCUUGGUCCUCCAAAUUAUGAGUUCCUUGAUCAGUAUGAUGCAUUACAUUUAAAAAUUCCUUUAAAGAAUCCAGAACAGUAAAAGUUAUAGGUAAAAUGAGGUCAUGAGCAGGCACAUGGAUUGUUCUGUGUCGGGUUUACAUUGUUGCAAGUAUGCCUGUAUCGCAAGCUAGGUUAUAAAUUCUUUGAGAAUGAGAUAAUCUUAUAUUUUCCACCUCCUUUUAAUGAUUCAUAUCACUAGAACAAAACUAAAAAUAAGGUGCCACUUACUAAAUGGUUCUUGACUGAGGACUGUAAGACCACAAUCAGGUGUUGUCAUUGUUAUUACUGUCACUUGUUCUUUAAUUUAUUCAUCCAGAAGGACUUUUUUGAGGCCCUCUGUAUACCCUUAGGAUACUGCUGUGAAGGAGAUACGCAAGAUCUUUAAUGGAAAUUUAGUAAGAGUGAGGGAGAUAAGGGAGAGAAAUAAGUAAGUUAAAAGUAAAUUACAAGUUGUAUUAAGAGCUAUGAAGGAAAUUAUCACGACACAGAAAUUGAAGAUAAAAGAGAUAGAGAAGGCGGGGAGAGGAACUACCUUUGAAAAGAGAGUCUAGGAAGGCUCCCUAUUAGGACAGGAAUUGUCCUCUCAAAGCCCUCACCUUGAGCCUGAAUUGCACAAAGGUGUGGCUCUGUCAAGCUCUUGAACGUGAACCCACUUUGGUAACCAGGACACAUCAAAACAACCCAUUAGAGAAAUGGACAUGAAUCCAGCAUAGGUAGAUAGGAAUUCCAGGCAAGACAUGUAAAUGCUUGGUGAGAGAAUGCAUGCAUUUUGGAAAGAAAGGCAGUAGAGACUGUGAGAAUGAGGCUUGUAAGGCGGUAAGUAUGGUGUCUUGAGUGAUUUUGAAAGUCAUUUUAUGAUGAGAAAUAUGGAGAAUGAGUUAAAGGACUCACAUAAGGGAGUGACACAGUCUGAUUUAUGCUUCUGAAUAAAUUGAAGAGGAGGAACCCUGGAGGCAAAAGACAAGAUCAGAGGUUGUCACUUUAAUGAAAGAUAAAGAUGGUCAUGGAGGUGUAGAGAAGGAGGUGGAAGGAUUUGAGAGGUGUGCGGGACCUAGUGAUUGUGUAAUGAGGUCAUACCUCAGGUUAUGACCUUGGCCUCCGGACAGAUGGGGAUGUGAUAUGGUGAGAUUAAGGAACAUGGGAUGAGGAGCAAGUUUACAGAAAGAAGAUAUUGAGUACAUUUUGAAAUAUCUGAGCCACCCGAGGAGAACUUUGAAGUAGGGAAGUGCCUUUGUGAUACAUGAAGCUCAGGAUGCAUCUCUGGACUAAAGAUCUAGAUUUUGGAGUCCGUAGUCUUCUGCUGUCAUCCUGCCACAUUGUCCUCAAGAUAGGAAACACAGAGCCUUUGAUCUGUUUGAAUAGGAAGAAAGAAAAGGAAGGAAAUGGGGAGGAAUAAAAGAGCAGAACUUAAUAUCUGAAAAUAUUAUCUAGAAACAUGUGGAGAUGUUUCUUUUUCACAAAAUAAGGUUAACUAUAUAUAGUAUAUUUGGUGGGUGUUCUUUUUACUUGAUAGUACAUUACAGAGAUAGAUACAAGGUUGAUAAAUAUGUAUCUGCCUUACUGUGUAGUUGGGGUAGAGAUGUUUAGAGCCUAUUAAUAUCUUAUUUUCUCCUCCUUCCUGGGCUCUGGGAAAACUAAAGUUCUGUUAGGCAGGUCCAAUGUGACUAAUUUUGGCCAGUAGACUGUGAGUGGAUGUGACAAGUGUCAUUUCUGGGCUGAGGAAGUAAAAAACCCCUGUGCUACUCUCCAGAUCUUUUUUCCCCCUGAAAGCCAAGCACAGAGAUGUGAACAUGAAGAGAGUGAAGUCCCCAUCAGCUUGGGACCUUGAGUGACUCUGUAGAGCAAAAUCCCUGCCAACUCAUAAUGAAUGUAUAGCAUGAUCAAGAAAUAAACAUUUUUGGUGUUUAUGGUGA